CCCUGUUCUCUCUCUCUGUCUCUUUCAGUUUAAUUUCCCCUUUUUCUGGACACUUGUUGCCUCACUCCUCCAAUUUCACAUUUGGGUCUCGCAAAAGUCUCAAGAACUUCAAACCCAAUUGCCCAAAUCCACACGCGUGUCCAAAACAAGGGAGCAAAAUCAGCCAAAUCAACCUAGUAUCACGCCAUUCUCCAGCCGCUACACCUUGAUUCCACACUUCACCAUGUAAAAGCGACCCCCCCAAGUGCCGCUUUCUCGGAUUUUUCUUCCUCCACGCCGACCCAUUUGUGUUUCUUACCUCCCCUUUCAUCCAAUCCACUCCAAUCAUGGCCAGCAGCAGAGAGAGAGACGAUCCUCUUUCAUUCACCCGCUUAACCAUAUGCGAGGGGCAUGAUGGAACCGAGACGUCGAAUGGGGAUGUAUUAAUCUUUCCAGACAUGAUAAGAUAUAGGAGGUUGACCCAUUUUGAUGUUGAAACAUUUGUUGAAGAAGUGCUUGUGAAGAAUGGUGAGUGGCAGCCUGGAACUCCUGAAACGCUGAAAGGUUCUUAUAUUUUUGUAUGCUGUCAUGGGUCUCGUGAUCGCCGGUGUGGCGUUUGUGGCCCUACCUUGGUCAGUCGGUUCCGAGACGAGAUAAAAUUUCUUGGUCUUCAAAAUGAAGUAUCUGUUAGCCCAUGCUCACAUAUUGGGGGCCACAAGUAUGCAGGAAAUGUCAUUAUAUUUGGAUCAAAUGCCAAUAGAGAAGUCACUGGGCACUGGUACGGAUACGUUUCCCCCGAAGAUGUAUUUUUGCUGCUUCAGCAGCAUAUCGUGAAAGGGAAGAUUGUAGAUGAACUCUGGAGAGGGCAGAUGGGUUUAUCAGAAGAUGAACAAAAGCUGAGCCUAGAACGAAGGCUCCGUCUGAUUGCUGGAGCGAAUGGCCACAAAAGCAAGGAAGAGUUGGCACAAAUACAGACAAGUGAUUCGAAUACCGAUCUCUAUAGAUCACAUGGUGAGGUUUCAGCCUGCUGUCAGGGGGGUGGAGAGAGUUACUCAACUUGCUGUCAGAAUCCCGAACUAAUGGGAUCAAUUACCGAUUCGGAUACGAAUGACAUUCCUCCAAACAUUACUGCAAAGAGCAGCAGAAAAACGACCUCGAGAAGCAAUAGCGGCAAAGUGGCCUCUCGCAAGGUUUGCGCAAUGCCAACAUGGCUUGAGAGCUGGGAGCGCGAAGAUACAUAUGCUGUUGCUGCUGUUAUCUGUGCUGCUGUGUCUGUUGGCAUUGCUUAUAGCUGCUACAAGCAGCUGUAAAUGUAAAGGGAGAUGUAGACGGGGUGGGUCUCAUGUUGCAUUCAGGGUCGAGACCAAGUCAACUUGGAUCGGGCUGCAUGGAGGUUGGGGAGAACCGAUGAAAUUCUCAGCCAUUGGGUCAAGAACUCCUCGGCACCAAGGUCUCAGCGUCGAGCAGUGCUCGGCGCCAACCCCGGGUCGGCUAUGGUUGCUAGGCCUCGAUCUACUUACCUUGCUUCGGGUCUGCUCCUUCGGCUCCGUUCCUUCUUUCAGUUGUUUAGUCCGAUCUCUAUUUUCUUCCUAUA